UAAAUUCGUAUCUAUUAAUAACGCAACGGAAUAAUCACGUACCUCUGGAAUUAAUGCUCUCUGAAUGGUAAUGGAAUUCGUUACUACACUGGCAACGUUCUGCUUAGCAACACCACUCAAAAGGCAAUGAACCUUUUGUUCCAGGACUACGCCGAGACCACGAUGAAUGAGCUUCUUGGCUGGUACGGGUAUGAAAAAGUGGACAGCCGUGACACCCAAGGUUUAAACCUCACACAUUUUGCCUCCAAGAAUAACUCAAACGCAGCCGCUGACAACAAUAACUCAACAAAUGGCAUUUCACCACCGUCAUCUGCCAUGGAAGGCAGUGAUGCUUCCGAGGACGUUGCCUCCCACCACGGUGGUUUGGAAAGCGCACCAUCCAGACUGCGACCAGACAGCGUCAGCCCUUGUCCUGAUGGUUCUUCGGACGAAGUGGCGAGACAACAGCAGCAAAUGGUGUCGGCCUUGUCCUCCAUCGUUAAACACCCUGAUACACCAGAUUCUCCAAAUCUACCCCCAGGAUGCAUUGUUUGUGCAUGGUGUCAGAAAGUAGGUAUGAAACUAUUUACACUGAAGACACCAAAUGGAUGCAAAGCUUUCUGUAGCGAAUUGUGCUUUACUCAGUGCAGAAGAGCGUCUUUUAAAAAGAACAAAAUCUGUGAUUGGUGCAAACACGUGAGGCACACUGUGAACUAUGUAGAUUUUCAAGACGGGGAACAGCAGUUACAAUUCUGUGGUGAUAAAUGUCUGAAUCAAUAUAAAAUGAACAUAUUCUGCAAAGAAACUCAAGCUCAUUUACAAAUGCACACACAUCUUAAAGAGGCAGCCUGUAAAAUGGCUUCGACUGGUUCUGUGAACUUAAUAACGCCUGAACUGUGGCUAAGAGACUGUAAAACAAACGGUAAUUCCAGAUCUCCUCAUGAAACAAUAGAUAUAAUGGAAGAUAUUAAUUCUGACGAUAAUAUUUCGGCAGCGCCAUCACCCAGUCUUAUUCUUGAAUCACCAAAGCCAUCAACUCCACCGAUUAAAGAAAAGAAAGAGCAUAAGCAGGAACAAAACCAAGCGCCUAAAGAAAAAGUGCUCAACAAGUCCUCCUCCAAACACUCUCCAAGGAAAAAUGUUUCUGAGAAAGUUCAUCAUCAGUCAAAACACCACAGAGAAAGAAAAGUUAAUGGAUUGCAUAAUACAGGUGAAAGUCCAGGUAAUCCUCGACAGUCACCCAUUCAUGCAUCUCCUCCUUCUCAUACACGGAGCAACCAAAUAACUAAUGGGUCUCACUCUCUUUUAUCGCCACCACCUCUCGGUUCAGUGCCGAGGCCACCACCAUAUGUUGGGCCUCUACCACCUCGGCCUUGUCCUCCAGUACCAUCACCUUUAAAUAUGGGAAACAUUGACCAUGGUCGUCAACCUUUUUUUCAACACAAUGUAGUGCCACCUCCAUUCCAGUUCUUAGCUCAACAACAAAUGGAAGCAUUCCUGAGAUCUCAACAUGGACUGGAUUUACGGUCGAAACCCCCUCCACCCUUACCAAUUCCACCGUGGGUUAUGCCUCCAUUUCCUCAAGUCCAUGUACCUCCACCGCCACACAUUCCUCCAUCUCUGAAUUCUAGAAGCCCAUCUUUGUCACAUUCCUCCUCGCCUGUACGCAGCCAUAAUCAAAGCUCUUCUCACAAAAGCAAUCACCACGGUAAACACAAGGGGCAUAGUAAGCACACAUCCACAUUUGCAAAUAAUGUCGAAACUCAUGCUGCUAAUAAUACCACUAGUUCAGAGAUAUCUGUACCACCUUCUCUUCUUCCACCUGUUACUGUAAUGGUGCCGUUUCCUUUAAUUUUACCAGUUCCACUUCCAAUACCCGUUCCUAUACCAAUACCUCCAGAAGUAAUGGAGAAAUAUGGUAAGCUCAAAGCAGAAAAAAAGAAUUCAGUUCAGAACGCAGUGAAGAAUAGUCAUAAUAACAAAGAUGUUGAUAGUCGGAGUCAUCGGAAAAGAAAACACUCGCAUGAAUCAUCAAAACAUAAAAGAAAACGCAGAGAAUCCACAAAUGAUAAUACUAGUGCCAAAACUUCUUGCAAAGAGGGAAAUGUGGGGAUUCUAGAAGUGAAUCCUAUGGAACGAUUUUAUAAUCCACUUGAAAGCUCAUCUUACAGAAUUUCAGAUAAUACAUCUGUUGAUCUCAGUCGUCCCCCAAAUACCCAAAAUUUAGACUUAGAGGUAGAUUCUAGAAGUUAUUCCCCACUUUCUGAAGCCAUUAGCAGUAAUGAAGAAGAAAUCGAAAGGACAUUAAAAAAUGGUGACAAAGAUGCCUUUUCGAAUGUUAAUUUCUCGAGCUAUAAUCUCGGUUUGAUGAGAUCUAGUCCGUCAGUUGCAACUCGAGCAGCUGACCAUAAUAUGGGGUUGCAUAACACUUUGGAGAACUGCAAAAGUCCCUCUCCUACGAAUUUAUCCGUAAGAGAGAAAGAGCGUAGUAAUGUGUCUUCCAGCCCCUUCAAUUUCAAAAAGAAACAUUUGAGAGAUCAAAUGAGUAUUGUAACAUAAGUAAAAAUUUUGUCCAUGUUUUGUCAUGUUUUCUGUAUCAUAAUUAAAUUGUUGAUUGAAAACAUA